AUGGAAAAAGCCAAACUACAAAAAGGAAUGACACAAGGCAAGAGGAACUCUGCAGAGGUUCCAGUUGGAAAGAGAAUUGGUAGAAAAAUCAGUAAUCGAAAUAUGAACAAAGUGACAACAAAAUGCAAAAGAGGCAGAAGAAAGGAAAACUUUGUGACUCUGUUGAGCGAGGUUCAUGAGGCACUGCAAGCAGAAGGUAUGAUCCUGACAGCUGCCCUGAGUUCUCCGAAGGAUACAAUAGACCAGGCCUACGACGUGCCUGGCAUCGCUGAGCACCUGGACAUUGCCAACAUUAUGACCUACGACUUCCACGGUACUUGGAGAACUUCCGUGCACCACGCUUCGGGCCUCUACCCUUACUCCGAGGACGUCGACGACGCCAGGUUCCUCAACACGGACUUCGCCAUCAACUACUGGGCAGAGAAAGGGAUGCCGAGAGACAAGAUGGCACUGGGUGUUCCUCUCUACGGCACUUGCUGGACUCUGGACGACCCCACCCAGACAGACUACUACUCACCAGCCAGUAAUCCUGGUGAACCAGGUCCAUGGACCCAGGCCAGCGGCAUGUUGGCUUAUUACGAGAUCUGUUACGGCCAGCAGACAGAGCCAGACGCGUGGGUGAUCCAGACAGCAGAGAAUUUGACUGAGCCAUACACUUACCGGGACGAUCUCUGGUGCUCCUACGAGAACCACACCUCUGCAGCUAUCAAGGCUAACUAUGCAAGGGUGCACGGUCUGGCCGGCCUGAUGGUGUGGAGCAUCGACAUGGACGACUUCCAUGGCUACUGCCACGACGAAACCUUCGACUCAUCAGGAUCAUGAAGCUGGUGUUCAAUAGGUGCUAAGUUCAUGACGCAUCGACCUCAUCAGGAUCAUGAAGCUGGUGUUCAAUAGGUGCUAAGUUCAUGACGCAUCGACCUUAUCAGGAUCAUGGUGGUGUUCAAUAGCUGCUAAGUUAAUGACGCAUCGACCUCAUCAGGAUCAUGGUGGUGGUAUUCACAAGGUGCUCAGAAUACUAGACUUUCGACGUCAUUAGUAUCAUGUUAGAGGCAUUAACAGAAGCCUGUAAGUUCGUUAAUAUCAGAUUGCUCAAAUUGUAAUGACACCAUUAAUUCUUACCUGAUUAUAUUUCCUUGUUCCCUAACAACUUGUGGAAUAUUCUGAAUACUAUGCAUAGCCCAGUUUUAUCAGGGGUUUCUAACUCAAUAAAUAUGCAACUAAU